UAAAUCUGGUUGUCAAAACAAAAUAAUAAUAAAAAAGUUAGUGAUACACAAAACUUCUUUAAGAUCUUUAUAGAAUGGAAUAUAAAAUGGAAAUCAAAAAAGAAAUUGAAGAUGAUUGCUGGAACCAAAUUCCUGUGAAAUCGGAAUUUCCUAUACAAAACCAAAAUCCACUUUCUGAUAAUUUCUGCAAGAUUGAAGGCAUUCCCAGAGAUCAGCCCCCGGAUAGUAGUACAUCAUCUAGCUUAGAUAUUAAGCCCAAGUUAGAAAAGCAGGAAGAUAAUGGACCUAAGGAAGUUGUUGAGUUUGUAAUCAAGGAAGUUCAGCCAAUUGAACAAAAGUUCUACUGUCCACAAUGUCCAGACUUUUUUAUGAAUGAAAUAGAACUUUCCCAACAUAUUAUUUCACAUUUACAAAGUGAUAGAUUUCCCUGCAAUUUUUGCGGGAAAACUUUCAAGAAUCCAACUUAUCUGAAGCAACACAUCAAGAGGCAUACCACCAAUGAAGCAGAAUUCCAAUGUGAAAUGUGUACGAAAACUUUUAGAUAUCGAACAAGUGUCAAGCGACAUAUUUUGGAAUUUCAUUUGGGAAAGAAACCUUAUGAAUUGUCCUCAAACAGAUUCACCUGUGCUGAAUGUGGUAAAAUCUUUUGGCACAAAGCCAAAUACGAAAGGCAUUUGCUAAAGCAUACGGAUGUCAAAAAUGUCGGUUGUCCUUUGUGCGAUAAGAAAUUUAAGCAUAAAUUCUAUUUGGAUCGACAUAUGUCCGUUCACAGUGAAGAAAAGCCAUUUACUUGCAAUCUCUGCAAUAAAGCAUUUAGACAAGAAUAUUAUCUUAAAAAGCAUUUAGCUAGACAUAAUCACAAAGCUUACAAAUGCAAUUACUGCCAAAGAUCGCACAGAGACAUUGAAGGAUUAAAGAGUCACAUGCACCUCUUUCACAGAGGCCUUCCAAUUGACAUUCAAUCUGAAUGUGACCCUAUUGCAUGCACCGUUUGCAGUGAAAUUUUUGAGAAUUUAGAAAAUCUCAUGAAACACGUUAAAAUUCAUCCCAUAGACAAACCCUUUGAAUGUGCAAUUUGUGGAAAGACAUAUAUCAACAAAAGAAGAAUAAGAGAUCACAUUGGAUUCGCCCACGAUAGAAUGAAUAAAUCUUACCGGAAAAAUCGAAAACCACGAGCAAAAAAGCCCAGGGAGAAAAAAGUUCCUGAUCUUAAAUGUAAAAUAUGUCUAAAGGAUUUUAAAGCAAGAAAAUACCUAACAAGGCAUAUGAAAACCCAUGAUAAGGAGAGACCAUCAUUCCAAUGCAAAAUUUGUGGCAAGAAACUAAUGCACCAAGCCAAUUUGCAGAGUCAUGUAUUGUCACAUCAAAAUAUUAAGGAACCUUCCAUUAUAAAAUGCCCAAAAUGCUGGAAAACUUAUAUGAAGAAAAAAUGCUUCGAGAAGCACAUGGAAAAGCAUCACAAGGAUUCAUCAAAAGAUCAAGUGGUCGUUAAAAUUGAGCAGGAUGAAUCUAGGCUAGAAACUGUGAUUGAAUGUUCAGACACAAUCAAAACAGAGCCUGAUUUUGAAUAUGAGAUUCAAGAAAAUGACUACUGAAACAAGUUUUAAUUAAAGUUUAUGUUUAAGGAAAGAAAAAUUGUAAACUGUAAAAAUAUUAAAAUAAAAAAUUAAAUUAUCACUUCAAAUUGAAAA